AUGCAGCGCGAGCUCGACCGUCUGGAGAACGUUAUCGAACGCCAAAGAAGUAUCGGCAGACUGGAUAACCUUCUCGCAGAGCUUGACAACAUCCGCCAUAGCGAACAAACCGGACGUCAUCAGCAGCUGAACGGUCACUCAGACGAUGUCAAGGAGUCAGGGACUACUGCCAGGACUAUUGCUGCUGGCGAGCAAGCUUCAGAGCAGCUCGAGGGUUCAAUAAUGCCUAUGUCUGGACAUGAUGGACCUACUACUCAACGGAGCCAGGGUUCUGAGAGAAAAGACGAGCAACAUAUAGCCCAGUCCAGAUUCAUGGCCGACAAACUCGAGACCAUGACCCAAGAACUUUUCGACCUUCGCAGCGAGCACGAAAUAACGAUCAACGAUUACGACAAUCUUCAACGCAAGUACGAAACUGCACUGCAAGCACUCGCCAAGAUGCAUGAAGCACAAGAAGAGGAAACCAGACCAGAUUCGAGAAAUUUAGACAAGCCAGAGUCUNNUUUUUUAGAGGGCGCGGGGGUGAAUGGCAUGAAGGGAGAUGGACAACCGGCCGCAUCCUCGCGUUCCUUGGCAGCGGAGUUGUCAUCGGGGUCGUCAUUGCGACACUCUUUCACUACAAUGAACGAGGAGUCGGGCGAAAUAAAUGGGGCUCAAGGCAGACCCGUGAGAGAUAUUGAGGGUGAUGAUGCAAGUACGAUCGUGGAUGAGGACGAGCCUCCUCUCCGUACAGAAGAACGAGCACUCGCCCACGAGAUGGAGAUGCUGAGGCAGCUCCACAUCCAGCGGGAAUCAAGCUUGAAGGAGAUCUCGGACAAUUACAUGAGACUAUCUGAAGAGCACAAGAAUGCUUUGCGCCAGGUCGAAGACCUCAAGCGUGAUGUACAGCGAGCACAACUGGCAACCAACAGACAAUCAUCUCCCUCACUGGUCAAACCCAUCAUUCGUCGCAAGCCUAGUCAGGAUCUCAUGGCCAACACGAGUACCAAUAACGAUCGAGCAAUGCGUUCGUUCGCAUCAUUACGCAAUAUCGCGCUUGACAAUUUCGAGUCGAACAUUGAUGUCCGCCAGAACUUUGAGAUUCAUCUCAACACCAUCAUGGGCGACUUGCAUGACCGGACCGAGAAGAUGCAGGCACUUGAUGCAGAAGUCACGGCCGCUCGGAGGGAUCUCGACGCUAAGACUGCGAUAAUCACGGGUCUCACGCGAGAGAGAGCUAGUGUUUCGGCUGCUAAUACCGUUGAUUUCACUGUUGUCGGACACAUGCGCGAUCAACUCACGAGAAGUGAGCAGCAGGUAACUUUCCUCCGCGAGGCUCACGAAAGUCGAGAGAAAGAGCUUCAAUCUCAGGUCGAUGAGCUCAGGUCACAACUACAGCAGGAUUCCGAGAAAGAUGUAACCGCAGGUAGUGAGCGAUCCGACAACGACAGCGACGAUCGUGUUGCUCAUCUGCAGAAGCAAUUGUCCAGCUGGGAGUCAAGACAUGUUCACACGACGGAUGCAAUGAGAGAGUCUGAGACCAAGCUGCUUGCUACCAUCGCAACUCUUGAAGGUUCUCUUUCUGAGGCACACAAGUCGGUCGCUAGUCGUGACGCGGAAUACGAUGCAGCGAUUGCGAAGCUUGAUCAGGAACGGACCCAACACCAAGAGCUUGUCGACUCGUUACAGAAGCAGAUCAUUGACUACCAAGCUGCUAGCCAUGAACACAGUCAAAAGCUCUCGCUGCUUGAGCAGUCCUACGCGAGCAUCAGGCAACAAGUCGAUGAAGACAGCAAGGGUAGAGAGCUUACAGAGAAGGAGCUACAGACUCACCGCAAUCUGGUGUCUAAUUUAGAAAGCCAAAUUGAAGCUCACAAGUCUGCGAUUGGAAUACAUGAGCAGAAUCUGGAAGCUCUCAAGGCGUCACAUACAGAAGAGCUCGACAACGUCAAGACUACUAGGGCAAUGGCUGAGAACGACUUUGCCGAGAAACAUGCGGCUUUGGAGGCACAACACAAAUCUGUCCAGCAAGACCUCAAGCGAUCUCAAGUUGACCUGGAAGAGCUGCUUGCUGAAGCGUCGGCCAUUCUGGGCCACGAAACCGACGUUGGACGAUUCCACUCUCAUCUGACCGACUUUGUUGGACAGAACAGAGAUCUCAGCGCUGGUAAAGCCAGUGAGCAAGACGUUGAGAUGCGCUCCACAAAGGUUGAUGAUCUUGAGGCGGAGAUUGCGCAAUUGAAGAAAAGCAACCAGGAUAUAACGUCCAACAUGGAGCGUGCGGUAGAGAGCGAACGUAAGAGCGCUGCUUUGGUGCAAGAGUUGGAGGAUCAGCUCAACUCAACAUAUGAUCUGCACCAAGACACUAGCAACAGGCUGUCUGCCAUACAGAGCGAGCGGCAUACACAACUCGAAGAAGCGACGAGUGCGAAGAACGAGAUGAAGAAAGAUCUCGAGGAUGCCAGACUGAAGGUCUCCUUACUCGAGUCUCAGCUCGCCGAACUACAACGCCGAUCGAUGGCUUCUACCUCGCGUGACUCGAUGAAUUAUGCUCGCGAAUCACUGUCGCCAGAAGCCGCGGCCUUUGCACUUGCUCGUACGAGUUCGCAGAAUUCGUUGAUGACCCGUCCGAAGUCCAAUGCCACAAACGCGACUUCAGGCCUUCCUUCUCCACCGCCUGCGAUCCCUCUGCCGCCUAUCCCCACUCCGGGACUCAACGGAUUGAGCCCCUUCCUGAGCCAGAGUAGCAGCGUACCUAUGGGCUUGGGUAUCGAUGCUCGCAAUUCCAGCCCUGCACCUACCACGACCUUCACGGCUUCGUCUCCUCCCGGGACACCACACCACAGCUCUUUUCCACAACCACCAUCAACGGCACCUUCGACUGUACAGCCAGAUCCCGGCUAUGCACAAGUGAUCGAGGAGCAGGAGUCUCGCAUUCGUACCAUUGAGAAGCACCUGUUUGCCGAAAAGCAGCUCACAGCUACACUCGAAGAAGCUCUUGUCGAUCUUGAGACAUCGCAAAACAAGACACGACAGGACCUCGAGUCGUGGAGGAAGAAGUGUUCGAACUUGGAGGAUGAGCUCGUGGGUCUGCGCAAGGAGCGCACGAAUUCAAGGGCAAGCAUGCAGCAAGUAGAGGAAGAGAGGGAGAUGAGACAUCGUGCGGAGCGCGCGAGACAGGCUCUUGAAGAACGCAUGCGAGAACUGAAUGCUGGACAAAAGAAGAAGAAAGGAGUGUUGAACUGUUUCUAA